AUGUUCUUCAUCCUUACAAUGCAAGCCUUCAUUGCUCUCAUGCAACGACCUCGACACGGGGGGAAAAUCGCAGAACAUCGUCGCGUGCUUCUUUUCUACGUCUUCAUCACGUUCGUAUUGGGGACGAUAAGCUUUGCUGUGAACGCAAAAUAUACGGAGAUGAUCUGGAUAGACCUCCGUGAUGCGCCUGGUGGUCCACUCGCGCUAAUAGAGAACUACAUGAGUUAUCGUAUCAACGUUCUGGCUCUUGCAACUGGUCACAUUCAGGAGUGGUUUAUGCAAGUUCUACUUCUUCACCGCUGUUUUGUGAUAUGGAAUUGGGCAAGAUGGGUGAUGAUCCCGAUGAUCACACUCUAUAUCGUUAUGAUAGUGUUUUCUAUCAUCGUCCUCACCGAGGCGAACACCGGUAUUGUAUUUUACAACAUCAUCUUCGAGCUUGCCUACCUGUGCAUCGAAGUAGGGCUCACCCUGCUUUAUACCAUUCUCGUGACGAAUCGUUUGUUCGUCAUGCGGGGGCGUAUGAGGGAGGUCAUGGCCCAAUAUGAUUCCAGCACAUAUGAUACCAUCGCCCUCAUGGUCAUCGAGUCCGCAGCGUUAUACACAAUCGUCGCCAUUGUCUUCAUAAUUGCCUUUGCUAUGCAUGCUAACGGUCUCACCACUUUAUGCUUCCUGUCUAUUGGAAAAAUCCAGGGCAUUGCCCAAUUGUUCAUCAUCAUUCGUGUUGCACGGGGGCGGGCGGUUACGCGCCAGUGGUCGACCCAAGUUGCUGGAAUACCUACGGCUAUGGCAUUCUCAGGGACUAUUUCGGACACAACAGAGGGAACUGACAAUGAACAAAUAGCCAGGCCAGAGCAAGGCGUCAUUGAGUUUGCUGCUUCCGAGAAGGCGGCGGAAGUAGUGUGA